GCAGAGCGUGAAACAUGAAGAGCAUUUCCAUCCUCAUCCUGGCCGCAGCCCUGGCCCUGGCCACCGUCUCAGCCAUGCCCCAGCGGCGUCUGAAGAGUCAGCGCCAGGUGGAGUACUCCUCAACGCCCUACCCAGCGGCUGGCUUCCGUCCCAGAAUCCCCUUUGGCCUGCCCAGCGAGCAGCAGCCCAAGCUCGAGGCGGAACCCCUAACCACGCCCAGAGCUGUGGAGACCCUGGAGAAUGCUGUUGCUGAGGCUGAGACCACCACCGAAGUGGAGCAGCAGGAAGCGGAAACGGAGACUGAAGCGGAACUGGAGGUCGCCCUCCGUACGCCUGCCAACACCUAUGGAGCUCCCGACGACCAGCAGGACACCGUGGAGGUGGUGGCCCAGGCUCCGGCCCGGGACUUUCAGCCACCUGUACUCGAGGCUGUCGAGGAUUUCGACGCCGAUGGCGCUGCUGCUGCUGAUGGCCAGCAGCCUGUUGCUGAUGUCCCUGCCCUGGGCCAGGCGGAGCAGAAUGAGCCGGAGCCAAUCCCCACAGACGUUGAGGUCAAAGCGGUCACGCCAGCGGGCACCUAUGGCCCACCGGCCAGUCCCGCUCCCGCCUCCACCUAUGGAGCCCCCGAGCUGAGCGAGCCCGAGAACGAGUUGGACCUGGAAGAGUCCCAGGUGGAGUUGGUGGGCGAGCAGGAGGAGGAGGAGGAUGCUUUGGCUAACGAGCUGGCCAGCGGUCGCCUAAUCCUGCUGCCCCUGGGAUCCCGAGGCGCACAGUUCGGUCGCCUCAUUCUGGCUGUGGAGCAGCCGCGUCAACGCUCUCGCAGCGAGCGCCUGAGGAGGAUCUAGGAGGACACUAGACACUGGAACUGAGAAACGCAAGAAAUAUAUGUAUAUAUCCAUUUGAAC